AGAAUUCCAUCCCCUUUUUGAUGAGCUGCACAUUGUGCUUAUUGGUUGCCAUUAUGCAGGAAAAAAUACAGUUGGGAAUGCAAUUCUUAGAAAGAAAGUCUUUACAUACAAAACAACAUAUGAAAGACAUAAUGCUAAGAGAGAACGUGCUGUAUUUGGAAGGAGGAUUGCCAUAGUUCGUGUGCCUGGAUGGUAUGGGGACCUGGACAAUGGACAACCUGAAAUCAAUCAAGAGAUACGAGACUGUAUGAAAGAAUUUCAAAAGGGUCCACAUGCAAUUAUUUUGUGUGUAACAGAAAGAUCAACUGUAACAAACAAAACAAUGAAGACCCUGGAGAGUCUCCUGACUGACAGAGUCUGGGAUCACACACUCAUAGUAUUUACCAAAGGGAAAAAUUUGAAAACCGAAAACAUUGACAAACACAUAAAGGACAAGGACUUGCAAGUGCUGUGGGAAACAUGCGGAAAAAGACACCACAUUCUCACAAAAUGGCCAAGUCUUGAGCAGUCCAGAAAGCUGAUUGAAGACAUUGAGGAAAUGGUUGCAAAAAAGUCAAUUUCCUUUACCUUUUCCAUACCAGAGAUGAGGAGACCUGAGGAAUUCCAAGCAGAGAAAAGUAAAUUGCUGGAGCGCAUCCAAGUCAAGAUAAAUCUACUUGAGAAAGAUGCAUCAAAGGAUGUGAAGAGAAGAGCAAGGGGGAAUUCUGAAAAAGUAAGACUAAAAGAUCUUCAAAAACAUGUAGAAGAAACAAUUCAGCUUCAAUCUCAAAGCUCAAGAGCAGUGAUUCAGUCACAAUUGUCAACAUGUAGCCAAGCAGAUGGAGGACGUCCACCAUGUGAUACACUGAUGUUUUCAAGGACCGCAACAUUGGAACAAAGGUCCAAUAAUCCAGGCUUGGAAGCAACACUAACUCUCGAGGAGGAACAGUCAGUACUGAGGACACCACCCCCCUACAGCUAUGACACCAUACCCUUAAGGAGACCUACAUUGAUAUCAAGUCCAGGCAGGCAGGACUUGCGUGGUUGGGGUUCCACUUUGGUCAAUGUCUUGGAAGAGCUAAAGGAUCAACAGUUCGAUAAUAUGAAAUGUAAGAUCGGUUUCAGAAAUGAAUGGAAAAUUGCCAGAAGCAAACUGGAUGGCAGCAGAGCUGAUGUAGCAGAGCUCAUGAUUCAAACCUGGGGUGAAUACCAGUGCAUCAUCAACAUUCGUGAUAUCAUGAAGGACAUCCCGCGCAACGACCAAGCCAUAACAAGUUUAAUCAUGCCAUUUCUGGAGGUGAUUGGAGAGACAUGGUAGUCUGAAUUGCUGGCGGACAAUUUGUAAGUGAUUUUACCGAUUUAUACUUAUGUAUUGUAUAUAGGGCUGUCAACGUUAAAGCGUUAACACGCGCUGUUAAUUUAGAAUCAGUGACGCGUUACUAUUUUUUUAACGCAAGUUAAUUAAGGCACCAAGUUUGACCCCUACUAAUAUACAUAUAAUUGCAUUUUACAUUUCUUACAUUUCUUACAUCUUUAUUUGCAUUUAAAUAUUCACUAUAAUAAUUUACAUCUGAAGAAAAACAAAUGCGAUUAAUCACAGUUAAUCACAGAAUUUUGUUGUGAUUAAUCGGAUUAAAUUUUUUAAUCGAUUGACACCCCUAAUUGUUUAUAAUAUGAAGGUAAAUGUUUAUACCCUUACUCAAUGUAUACCUUAAAAAGUACUUUUUUUUCUUACAUUGUCAUUUAAACCUUCUUUACAAAUCGUUCAGAUUUUUCUUUUUUUUGUACGUAUUUUUUAUAUUACUUUUAUUGUUAUUGACAUUCACUUUCAUUUCUGUCAGUCUGACUGCAGUACUAGAGACCCCAGGCUUUCUUCCAUCUACCACACCUGAUUCAACACAGACUGCUCAUUUGGUUAUGGAGUGUUAAAGAACAGAAACAGACUGUAAGACUUUAAGUCUGUUUUUGUGAGGUUCAGGGGUUCAAAAUAUGGGCAGUGGCUAUACAAAUUGGAAGCCCAGAUUGUCCAUGAACUUAGAGAACAGGUGUUUUGCCAAAUAUAAGUAACAGUUACAAUUGCUGUAGCACUAAAAACAGAGGGAAUGACAUCAGGAAAGAGAGAAACAAAAUCUACUAGUGUGUUACAUUUAUUCUCAAGCUUCUCUUCUGCAUUUUGAAAAGUUAAAAAAAUAAGCUCACAUUUCAUUUAAAUGAACCAUUUGAACAGUGUGCAUUGUUUGGAAAGUUUAAUAAUAAUUUGCUUAGUAUUAAAGAACGUUCAGUUUUCUACAGACAAUUAGAGUGGAUCAAUUGCAAAUCUGUAAUCAGCAGCAUGCUUACAUUUUUUUACAUUUGUAAACUAAAGGAUAGUUAUAAGUAAAUAUGUCUUAUUUUGUCUUUAUUUGCAACCUAAUCAAUCUGUAAAUAACUUAUAUUUUGAAACAAACAUUCACAUUUAUUGUAAAUAUUAUUACUAAUAUGUUUUCUCUAGGCGAAAUUUGCUAUUGAUUUUAAUGUAUUAUGAUUACAAUGACUGUUUGUUGUUGUAUGUACCUGAAAACAUUGUCAUUCUGUACUGUUGAAACAAUGCAUAUGACCAUAAUCUAUUCUUAAAUAAAUAUACAUUUAUUAUUUGCUAUGUAAUUAAGGACAUAUUGGCAUACAUGUAAUCAUCAUCCAUAUCAUCAUAAUACACUUCUAAACAAAGUCUACUAAGCAAAUGAAACAUGGAGGUGCUGCAGAUAAUGUUAAAGUAAUUCAAAUAAAUAUACAUAAAAUAUUGACAGUGUGUUGG